AGACCGCACAAUAUAGUCAUUGUAUGAGAUUGAAAUUGGGUUAAUAUGUGCUAAAGAGUCAGGGUUACUUGGUACAUAUGUUUCAGUUUCCAACUUUCUUACCCAAGGCCGUCCGAAAACCUUUGAUCCGACGAUUCUUAUAUAGAACAGGGAAUCAGUGCCUGAUCUGGCCAAGUCAAAAUGUCAACCUUUGUUUCACCUGCCAUCCGAUGUGCGUUAACCCAGUCUGUACUGAGGUCAUGGUGUAAGUCAAGACGCCACCUGGUGGUGUGUGGCUCAUUGACCUCACACUAUGGCACCAGGAACAGGUCAACAGCAGCAGAAGAAGCAAAACCAUUCCAUCGGUACCUGGAUGCAAGUGAUGCUGCAACUGAAGACAUACUGGCCAGGGAUAUGAUCAUCCAUGAGGACUUCCUGUCUGCAGAGGAGGAGAAAUCUCUCCUCGAUGAAGUAGAACCCUAUAUGAAACGUCUUCGAUAUGAACAUGAUCACUGGGAUGAUGCCAUCCAUGGUUACCGUGAGACUGAACGACGCAAGUGGAAUGAGAGAAACAUGACAAUCCUACAGCGAGUGAAAGACUUAGCUUUCCCACCGGGUACCCCUCAACUGGCCUACAUUCAUAUCCUGGACAUCUCCAAAGAAGGCUACAUAAAGCCCCAUGUAGAUGCUGUUAGGUUUUGCGGCAACACAAUAGCCGGCUUGAAUCUUCUGUCCUCGGCUGUGAUGAAGCUGGUGCAUGAGAAGGACAAAGACAGGUUUGCCAGCAUCCUCCUCAGACAGAGAUCACUCUACAUCAUGAAAGAUUCUGCCAGGUAUGACUACACCCACGAAGUUCUCCCGGAAUCCCAGUCCAGGUUCCGGGGCCAAGUGAUCCCCCGAGACAGGAGGAUGUCCAUCAUCUGCAGGAAUGAGCCCUUGCCAGAACACACAAGUGACAGUUGAUGAAGCACCGUGUUUUUACUGGCUUGUACAAACUUCUAGAUGACCCAAAGUGCUUUCUAGAGUCAUGACUAUUGUCAUGUGAAUGAGUGUGUGUUCUGCAAUCUGAUUGGCUGAUAUCCUGAUUGGAUCCAGGAACUCAUUGAGACUUUUCACUGUGUCUGAAUACUUUUCUAGAUUUUAAAAAUGAUUAUUUUUUCUCAGCUUACGUGUCGUUCAGCUGGUCAAAAUGGAUACCCGGAUACCACAUUAAUUAGAUAUAAAGUCUAAUAAAUAUGGAUCAUAACAACA